ACCGACGUAGUAACAUGUGGACCAUCAUUUUCAUCCCCCAAAGAAUAAUUUUCUCGUUUCUUGGAAAUAAAUAAUAGUAUUUGCUGGGGGGGUGUUUUUCACGUGACACUUUUCAAUGUGUACAUUUCUUAAUCUGAUCAAUUAUCUUCCCAAAGAAGUCAUUUUUGCUUCUUCGAAAAAAAAAAAAAAAAAAUAAAACCAUGUGAAAUUAAAUAAAUUAUUUAUGUGAAGAAAUGGCUGCUACUACUGCAUCAGAUGUUGAGGAAGAAAAGACUAGACAAGAAACGAAGAAAAAUAAUUGGUCAACCGUUGCUGUCAGUUUACCCCAACUGUUGGAUCUUGCUCUGGGAACACCAGAAGUCGGUGCAAUUAAUUUGAACAUUUUACACAAUUUUCUUCAUGUUUUAUUGCAACAAAUGAAUCUUAGAACAACUAGGGUUGAAUUUCGUGGAGAUGAUGCCAAACGAAUUAAGAAUGUGAUAGCUUCAUCUAAAUCUGGUCCAAAUAUGCACCUUUACGAGAACAUAAUUGUUAAUGGAUCUAAUCAAAUAAAACAACGUUUUCGUAGUACAGAUCAAUUUGCAGUAAACAUUGACGUUAUCAAACAAGAUGAAAACAUUGUUGGAAAAUCGGCCAGUGCACCUGUUUCACCUCGUAAAGAUGAACAACAAAAAACAGUUGAUUCUUCUGAUGACAAAAUGAAAGAUUUUAAUCAAUCGAUUAGUAUAGAUUUGGAAAAUAAUAUGGACAGUCGUGUUUCUGUCGAACCAAUUGUCAAUGGUUUAACUCCAACUGCUUCUGCUUUUAAAAAACUUGAAGAAAACGUCAAACGUCUUGAGAAACAAUUCGAAGUAUUGCAAGAAUUGUCAACUAAUUCUGAAUUAAUUGAACGAUUGAAAGGUAAUCUUAAGGAUCCAUUAACAGACGUUUGGAAUAUUAUUAACAUUAACAAAAGACUUGAUGCAGCUGAACAAGGAAUCAGUAAGCUUACAUCGAUGAUCCAAGAAGUAAUUAAAAAUGAAAAAAAUAUUAAAAGUGUUGCUCAUCACAUGACACAAACUACGAAGAGAACUGAUAAGAAGAUUAUAGAUACUAAUGUUGAAGAUGUAAUCAUAACCGAUACUCAUAAACCUGUUCCAGAAAGUAAAGAAAAGGAAGAUGAAAGAACUGCUAGUAAAAGUGACGUAGAAGAUGAGAUAACUGAUAUUAAAGACAAUUUCAUUCAAAUAUGUUUAGAAAGAUGUCAAGAUCUUGAUACAACCCUGGAUAAUGAGAUAUACAAAUUGCACGUUGAAAUAAGUUUAUUAAAAGAACACCAAGAACAAAUAGAUACAGAAUUGAAACAAUUAUCAACGAGUAUACCACACCUUGACAAUAAAGAUAUACCUCAUAUGAUAGAAAAAAUGCAAAGAUUUUUAAACGUUCAUCUUGAGGAACGUUUACAAAAAAUAGAAACAAAUAAUAGUCUUAUAAUGGAUACUAUGAAAAGUACAAAUCAAUUAACACAAGAUUCAGAAGUAAACGAUCUUCAAAAUAUGAUUUUAAAAAUAGAAGAAAUUCAAGAAGAUAUUGGAAAAUUAAAUGAAACUGCUAAUUAUCUUAUGAAUGAUACGUCAAUUCGUAAUGAGAGUCUAAACAGAAUGCUGGAACAAUUAAAAUAUUUGCAAACAAUGAAAGCUGAUAAGGAACUCGUUGAAAGUAGUUUAGCUGAUAAAGCUGACACUGAUACUUUAAACAGAAAGGUUUCACACGACAAAUUUGAUACUGCCUGUAACGAUUUAACACAAGAAAUACAACAAGCUAUGGAACAGAUGAAUCAACAAAAUUCUGUUAUGGUGGGACAUGUUACAGAGUUACAAAAAGAGAUAGAAAAGAAAGUAAAUAAAAUCGAAGUUGAACCAUUAAAAACAAGUGUUAGUAAGCAAUUUAGUUCGCUUAGGGAAAAAGUUGAAAAAAUGAUCAAAGAAAAACAGGAAAAGGAAGCUGCCGCUACGAAGAAAAAGCUCAGCGGAGUACAAUGUUUAUCCUGCAAUAAAGACACAACUAUGAGAAUGGAAGAUAUUAGAAGAUACGAAUCACCUUUUAUACCACCCCGUAGAAGCAUAAGACCUUAUCUGACUUAUGAAUUGGAUCAAAUUAGAAAGCAACAAAAACCAUGGUCUAAUUUUAAAAAUAUGAAAAAAUACGAGGCAGUAAUGGCAGAAUUUAUGAAGAGCAAAUACACCGAUGUAAACAAACCGUCUAACGAACAAUCAACUAGCGAUGAUGGUUGCAAUCGUUAUUGCGGUGGAAGUCAUACGAUUACAACUCCUCAACAAAGAGUUAAACAACCAGUGUCGUAUUUAAAUGAAAAUCUUGUUGACUUAAUGAAAUCUUAUAGGAAAAAGCAAUCACAAAAGUUUACACCAUAUACUAGAAAAUUACCUGAGGAAUGUAAAUUAAAUCGAAGUCAAUCAUUCCCGUCGAAAGAUUUUUGUAUCAAUGAACCAUCUUGUUCUUCAAAAGACGUUAGUCCAUCUCCUGAAGAUAUAACUUGUCCUAUGAAGGACGGCAGUUACAUGGAUUAUCCUCUUUUGGAAAAGUUAGCUGCUAAUAAAGAGGAGGAAAAACAGCAUGAUUCUUCAAAACCAUCUCAGCCUAAUUUAAGUCAAUCAAAUAAAUCUAAUGAUAAAAAAGCAUCGCAAUAAUUCAAAGUGUCUUUCAAUUCGUAAGAAUAAUUUCCAAUGGAACGGAUUUGAAAAAGAAAAAGGCAAAAUUAAUGGAAUGAGAAGAGAAUAUAUAAAAUUAAUAAAAUGUGCCAAUGAGAGAAACUUCAUAUCAAAGUGAAAGCUUCGAUCAAAAUAUGAGACUUUUUAAAUACUACGCAAUCGCAUGAACAUAAAGACGAAUAUGAAUAUUAAAUAAUUUCGUUUUUGCUUCUAAAAAAAA